UUAUGCCACUUGUAAAACAGCAUAAUACAUGGGCUCAAGCUGCAGGAAAAGGUUUGAAUAGUGUUGGGAAUGGACCUACAAAUCCAAGCAAUACUGAUAUGGAAAGUGAUCAAGAUAAUUCGGGGGGUUCAGCAUCUAAAGUAAUGAGAAUGGAAGAAAAUGUUAAUGAAUCACAGAUUGCUGCUGCAUUCAGUGAAGGUUGGGGACAAAGGGGAAUCAAUCAAGAAACUGCUUGGGAUGUACCUUCCUCUCCUCAUUUGAGUCCUAAAGAAGGGAGCACUUGGACGAGCUCUACCAGUACUGGUACAGAAAUCUGGGAAAAUAACAUUCGCCAUCAUAUCAAGAAUUCCAAUGUAAAAGCACCUGCUCAGAUACGUGAACCAUGGGGUCACACUCCAUCAACACACAUUGGUGGAACAUGGGGAGAAGAGGAAGAUACCACUAACUUGUGGACUGGUGUGCCACAAGCCAGUGGUGCCACCUGGGGAAGUGAAAGCAACACUUCAGUUUGGGGAACAAAUCCAGUUGAAGGUAAAAACUGGAGCAGUCAGAAUAAUUCCAUGACUCCCUCAAUGAAUCCAAAUUGGGGUAGUGAACCACCAGCCUUACAGAUAGGUUUGCCUCAUUUACCUCUGGCUAACGAAAAUAAAAGUAUAGAAGAAGCAGCAACCGAUAAUGGUCCACCUUGGGGAGAUCCUUCCCACAAAUCAAAUCGCACCUUUGGAAAUUGGUCUCCUGUUUCAAGUGGAAAUAAAAAGAUGCCUCCAUCUGGGUGGGAAGAAACUGUACCUCCUCCCACUACUUGCCAAUCAGGACCUAACUAUGAUGAUGGUACUGCAGUAUGGGGUAAUCCUGUACACCAAGCUAAAGUGUCACAUUGGAAAGAAAUGCCACCUGCCAAACAAAUGCCCGACUGUAUUCUGCCGCCUGGUAAUUUAUGCCAGAGUGGCAAUCCAUGUGCUCCUCAUGCUGGUCCUGGUAUGAUUAGGUUGCCCCAGGCUGGAGCAAACAUGAAUCAAAAUGAUAAUUCGUGUUUAAAAAAUCAGUCUCUCAAUCGUCGCAUGAGUUGGUCCGUUGUUACACCUCGUACUGAUCCUUCAGGACGCAGAUUUUGGGUACAUCUGGAUGCAAAUGGACAUCCAAUUCAGGACAAAAGUGUUCCAGGAACUGCCAAUACACCAAAUAGUGCCUUUGGAAAUUGGGGAGAACCAGUCAACCCUGUUGGAAAUUUUUGGGGUGCAAAGUCUAAGAGUAAUAUUUGCAGCUGGGCUGAUGGGCAAGUAGAUACAAGUUCAUGGGGUGGACCUAUGAAACAGGGUGGAAAACCAUUAAGUAAAGAUUUAAUUUGGGCUAGCAAACAGUUCCGUAUUUUGAUGGAAAUGAAUUUUAAGAAAGAUGAUAUAGAGAAUGCUCUUAGACGUAGUAACAUGAACUUGGAAGAAGCUUUACUUGAACUUCAUGCCAUGUCUUCUAGCAAAGAUGGCUCUAUGCUUGAUAUAGAUGGAUUAGCUGCAAUGAAUUUAAAUCAGACCCGUGUGCCGCAUGGUAAUGUUGCUGAUGAUAUAAAUUUUGCAGAACAUUCUAUAGAUAACACAUUACCUCCUGGAAAUAUCUAUGGUGGUAAUGACUUUCCAGGAAUGAGUAUGUUCUCCACUUAUGUUGCUCAAAAUUGUAAAAAUCAGAAUGCAGUGGGAAAUAACAUUGCUCCGAAUGUUCUUGGGAGUGCUGGAACAAAUAAUCAAGUGCCGAAUUUUAAUUUGAACAAUGGCAUUAAUAACUUAAGCCCGGCAAUGAUGCGCAAAAUACUUCAACAAACUCAAACUUUUAAUCCGAGCUGCCUUCCUCAAAAUACUGGACGUAUGGCCCAACAGAACUUUCCUUCAACUGCUCAAUUACGUCAUCUUGUGCAGCAAAUCCAAAUGGCAGUACAAGCUGGUCAUUUAAAUCCCACAGUAUGCACUUUUAUGAUCU